GUAACCACUUAACACCAGGUGGGCUGUGAGCUCGUCCUCUCAUCUAAGCAAUAAAUAAAAAAGCAGUAAUGCGUUUCGGUCUGAAGGGUAGGGCAGCCGUUGUAACUAUACUGAGAUCUAAGAACUUAUAUCUCAAGGUGGUCUAUGGGCUCCAGUAACCACUUAACCCCAGGUGGGCUGUGAGUUCGUCCACUCAUAAGAGCAAUUAAAAAAAAAGUGGAUCGUAUGCUGGUUUUCAAACAAAGACAAGUAAGAAAAUGGAUACCCAAAUAAUUAUACUUUUGAGAGAGAAAGAGAAAGAUUAAGCCGUAAAAGCAAUUUGAAUCUUAUCUACAGCUCGCGAAAACCAAAGAAAACACUGUAUUCAUAACAUAUACAUUUACGUUGUAGACGUAUAUGGGAUCCAAUAACCACUUAAAAUCAGGUUGGCCGUGAGCUCGUCCAACCACACCGCAAUAAAUAAAAAAAUGCCUGGGUUCCUGAGGCCGACUAGGGCCGACGUACAACUUGCUCUACGCAGGAAUGAAAGUCUUUUUUUUUCUACCUAAGCUGUUUGUGGACUGGCCAGUUUUCUCAGACAUGAUUCUGAGUUCAAUGGCUGCGAGAGGUCAAUGUAAAAUGAAUUUAUUUAUAAAUAUUUGUAUUUUAUAUGAUAAGUAGUGCACUGAGGUUAAUUUCCUGAAGUGAUAAGCGAGAAGACCACCCAUUGUAAUUUUUGUGUAUUUAAUGUUUUACGUUUUUGUUUAUUUUGGUGUACAAUAAAGCAUACGCUCUCUCUCUCUCUCUCUCUCUCUCUCUCUCUCUCUCUCUCUCUCUUUCUCUUAAAUACUAUAGUGAAAAAGUGAUGCUCAUACUCGCAUAGUUUGUUAAAAAUGACGAAGGUUAUAAGUUCCAAGGUUUAUUUAAAGUCAAAAACAUCAGAGAGACUUAAAUAUCGAUAAAUUAGAAGGAUUGAAUAAAAUCAUAAAUAAUAUUUUUUAUUGCUAAUUUAUAUUCGAAAUUCGAAUGGCAAUAUUUACACAAAGAAAUAAAAAAACUUAUAAGUGGCCACGGGAAAUACGGCAACAUGGAACAUGACUGACAAAACAUAGAGGAAGUCUUUACUAAAAGUCAAACAAUGAGAGAUUUACGGAUGUUUCUAUUUUUAGUUAUUUUUUUCUUUCUUCUUCUUUUUCUCUACCUUAUCCCACUAGGUGGGGUCGGCACAGCUAAUUUUUCUCUUCCAUUCUCUUCUAUCAGCCGUCAUCUCAACACUCACUCCUCUCUCUCUCCUAUCGUCAUUCACACACUCCAUCCCUGUCUUCUUCGGUCGACCUCUUCCCCCUCUACCUUGCACUACCAUUUCCAUACAUCUCCUAGUCACAUGCAUCUUCUCUCUACGCAUCACAUGUCCAUACCAUGCCAUAACAUUAUCCAUUUUUUUCUUUACACAAUUUAAUGUAUACGAUAUAUUUUAUUAUUAUGAUAACUCCAUAAUGUCAAUUAUAUUAUUUAUUAUUACUAUAAAUAGAUCGGUUAUGUAACUUGCUACUCUGUUCUGGUAUGACUCACUGUGUAUUCCCAUGGCAAUACCUAUGUAUUCACUUUAAAAGAAUUAAAUAUAACCAAUUUCCUCAAUCACGGAGCCUAAAGUAAAUUCAAAAACGGAAUCCAGUUUUAGCUAAGCAUCACAACAAAUCCCCACUAAAGCCGGUUAUUAGUGAUUUAUCUACCAAAGGUCAUUGUUAAGGAAAAAUAGAAUAAAAUCUAAUACAAGACUGUAUCUUGCGGAUUCAAUAUAGAAACUUCUUAGCGACUGGACGUUUCGCUAAAAUGUUUAUAUCCGAUUAUAAUAAAAGUUCGUGCGGGAAAAUGUACAGCUUAAGCAAAGUUUUAUUCCUGAUUGGGAUUUUAGUGUGUACGAAUGCUAAGGAUUAUGAUAAGCAUUGGGCUUUCAUUGGGAAUCCACUUCUUCAUGCCACCCCUUGCAUCGGAAAUAGUGAAGUGUCUAUAUCAUUUGAACCGGGUCUGGCACCGGAGGAAGAAACUAAAUACAAUUUAUUUAUAAACGGCCCUUUCCCCGAACACACGACAAUCAAAAUGAAAUUUGAUUCGCCCGCCAAUGUGACUCUGAGCAACGACAUAGGCAAAUUAGCAAGAGUGUCUUCGUAUGCUGACGGAAUGUUCUUCAUCAAAUACUUUAAAGGCGGACCCUAUUUCAGUGCAAAUGUGAUAGGUUUAAACUUAUCCGUAGUACCUUACCCGACCACUAUUAACUUAAACUUUGUCGAAUACUGCGAGCACCCGGCACUUGGAAUCUUAGAUGGAUAUAUCAACGGAUAUAAAUCAACAGCCUCAUCUACUUAUACAGAACACGAUGACAACUGUGGAAGAAUUAAAAUCUCCGAAAAACAAUGCGGUGGAAACGAAGAAGAACCUAUGCCCUGGCAUGCUCUUAUCAGAGACGACAACUCUACAAUAUGCGCUGGAACGUUGAUAUUACAGAGAUAUGUUUUGACAGCCGCUCAAUGCGUCACAAACUUAGGCGUUGCGAAGAACGCCACAACUCUGUCUGUGGUUCUUGGGAAAUUUAAUAACACCAGUGAUGAAUGCUUACAGGAAAUGGAGGUGGAAACAGUAUUUGUUUACGAUGGAUACAAUUAUGAAAAUGGAACAAAUAACAUUGCGUUGUUAGAACUGAAGAACGAUGUGGUGUUUAACGAAAAAGUCCAACCUGCGUGUCUGUGGGAGUUCAGCGCAUACAAGAAGUUAAAUUUGAAAGACAUCAAGGGAUCUGUCAUAAGCACAACUCUCGGCGAAGAUAUUGAUGAAGGUCUCGAGGUAGUGAAUAUGAAAAAGCUUAAGCCUUUUAAAGAAGUAAAUGUUUAUAGGGAGGAAACAUUUGGAUCCAAAUUCAACGCCACAUCUAUCAAUCAAUCCGAAGCCUGCAAGCUAGUUGGUAGCGGAUUUAUGGUGUUUGUUCCGGAUUCCCGUGAAUUGAAUAGCACCGGAGCGUGGUACAUCCACGGAAUCGUUGCUACGAACGAUUCGACGCUAAAAUGCGAUUCUAGCGAUCCCACUGAUUUCAUCAACUUAGACUACUUCAGAGGCUGGGUCCUGAACAAAAAGAACAGAUCUUAUAGUAUUUAUUAGAUUUGUUAUUUUAUUGAUUGCUAUCGAGUAACAAUAGUUACUAGUGGUCGCCCGGUAGUCGAAAUUCGACUGUAAUUAUUAAUUUAAAUUAUAAGUUUGAACAUUAUUUUGUUUCUAUUGUCAAAGUCUUUACUUCUAUAAUCACAGAUUACGCUAAGGGUACACUAUAGACAAAUAAUAUUAAAGAAAUAAAUAGACUUUUUGGCGGGAACGCGAGGAGUGAAGUU